UUCUACCGACGACCUUUCCCUGUAUUUCAGUUUGAAAAUUUAUUCUUGAAUACACAAAAGGACAAGUACAUGUACAUAAUAAUAAGCUAGCAGGGAGCUAUAUAACUCGAAAUAACUGGAACUAUGACAACUGCUUGUCCAGAGAUAGUAUGGAAAAACACAAGGAAAAGAUCCUUCUAUAAUAGAGAGGGUGAUUACGGAUUUAUCUAUAGAGUUUUGGAUGUUGAGAAUGAGGGUUGUGCCAAUGAUGAUGAACAAGAUGACGAGGUGGUGGACUUGGAGGAGGUGAGGAGGCAAGUGGAGGUGGAUCGCUUCCUGGCCGAGUUAAGAAAGGGUGUGGUCAAAGCAGGGGGUGGUCUCACUGAGGAGCAAUUGGACGAGGGCUUCAGGCAGCUGGCUAAGGACCUCACUGACAACAAUCUGUACAUGAGAUUUCUGGAGGAAAAGGAGGUUGUGAGGAAAGAUCCUACUGCUGAAGAGAGCCAUGUAACACAACUGAUGGCUACGCUCACCCAAAGCAUUGACAAGUACAAGAGAGAGCUUGCAGAGUGGGCAGCAGUGCUUGAAGAGAGAAAACAAGUAACCGAGCAAGCCAAGGAAGGGUACUCUAAGGAGAAGCAUUUGCACUUCCUCAAACUUCCUGCCAGAGAUGUGGAGCCUCUCAAAAGCUUUCUCUCACCCGAGCAGCUGUCUUUGAUAGAAUCUGAGGACUCCUCUGAGUUUGUCGGUACCACUAAUCAACAGCUGGAUCUGUUGGAGUGUCAAUUGGACCAGGAGUUGACCAGACUAAGCUCACUGUGCGAUUCCAGCCAUCAACCUAAUAUGCUCCUAGAUCAAUCCGUGAUGAAGGCCACACCCAGGACUCUGUUCCGAGCCGUCAUAGACACUGACCCUAACCGAACUCUUAGUUAAUGCAUCUCAUUGUGUGUACAUGACUCCUAUUAUGUAAUAUUAAUAUUUUUAUUGUACAUCAUAUUCUGCUCA